CGUCAGCCAUUCGUUAUGUUUGUUGUUUUUAAGCGUUAUCUCGAUUUAAUUUUCUUGUCUUCGAUCUUCUCUGCGGCCCAAUUUUCUUCAGGAAUAAAAAGUUCGGAAGAAGGAUGGCGUCCUCUCAGACAGACAUUUAAACAACGUCAGUUUUCAAAAGAAGAAUUCUAUUAUCUGAACGUAACUCGAGUUGGAAUGUUUACCUCGAACGACAUGUUUGAUUGCACAUUUGAAUGUGUGAGAAAUACCCUGUGCCUUUCAAUAAACAUGGCCGCCUCUAGAGGAGCAGAUGGAAAGCUUUGGUGCGAAUUAUUGUCUUCUGAUAAGAGCAGAGCCGACGCCGAGAACUACAGCCAAAACAUGAGUUCGCAUCAUUUGUUUAUUCGGUCUCCAUGUUCUUCUUCGCCAUGUCAAAACGGAGGAACCUGCAUCCCGAAUUACGACUUCAACUCUUAUGACUGUCUCUGCGCACAGGGUUUCGUGGGAGAAUAUUGUCAGAAAGCCGUGAAGUCGUGCAAGGAAUUGUAUGACAUGUACAGGUCUGAUGUUAGUAAACUGGUCACCCUCCGUUUGGACUCCAAACCAGUCUCCGUUCUCUGUCACAUGGGAGAUUUUGGAUGUGGAGAUGGAGGAUGGACGCCGGUCAUGAAGAUGGACGGCAAUAUGACCACUUUUCACCAUAAUGCACAUUACUGGAGUGAUUAUAAAGGAUACAACCUCCCCGGGGGAAAGACUGGGUUCGACGAGCAGGAAACAAAGCUACCCACCUACUGGAACACAUCCUUCUCUAAGAUCUGCCUCGGUAUGAAGAUCGACCAACAGCUCAGGUUCAUUGUCAUCCACAAGAAGGCUGACUCUCUGUACUCACUGAUCGCUGAUGGGCAAUACCGCGCCACCUCACUGGGUCGUGACAAGUGGAAAGAGUUGGUUGGCUCGCAAGGCUCAUUACAGUACAGCUGCAACAAAGAAGGGUUCAAUGCUGUUUGUAGUUGGAGUGAAAAUUCUAAAACCAGAAUUGGUAUUGUUAGCAACAACCAGAAUGAGUGUUCCUCGUGCGACUCAAGGAUCGGAUUUGGCACAGGUGGUAACCCUGACAAUUCGAACACUUGUGGUAACGAGGCAGGUCGAAGUGGUGUGGAUAACGGGAUAAAACAUAUCAAAGCCAUGGGAUACAUCCUGGUACAAUAAGGAAUUUGAAAAACUCAGCUUAUAAAACAGAAUUUGCAUGCUUUGGUAAUCGAAUAUGUCCACAUCGUAUGAGUCGUUUGAAUCUGUACCAGCGAAAGUUAAGAAUUUAUCCGUGUAAGCCACAAUUGUCAGCUGAUAACUAUUUCUCUUGCUAUUUACAACAUCAUUCAUACAAUUUUAAAGGCUGAAAACAUCGAUCGAAGUUCUGGAAAAUUCCUUGAAAUUUGUUUCUGAACAAGGGCACGAAGAUUCGUCGUUUCUCAACCUCAUUCCUGCCUUUAGCCUGCCAAAAUUACCUCAUCAUUCUUUUUAAAGGAUUGAAAUGAAAAAAAAAUGUUUUGUAGCCUAAAUGCUUAUGUGAACGAUUAUUCAUUAGAAUAGAAUACCCUGCUCCAGAGGACUUUUCCGUUGUCCUCAGCGGAAUAAACCAGCGAUUGAGUAAUUUUCAAUAUAAAGUUAAAAGCGCAGAAUGUCCAGAACCCAAAACCAAGAUAGUCUGAUAGGAUGCUAAUCUAAUAAAAUCCUCGGUGGCACCGAAAUGCAAUGAUACUUGAGUGUAACUUUCCUCCUUAACUCUUAAUGCCUUAUUCCUGUGCAAGCCCGUAUCCCCGGGUUCUUUCCGCUAUGCCUAUUUAUCCACCCUUCUGCUUGCCUCUGA